AUUGCCUAAGGAAGUCAUUUUGACUGCUUUUCAAUUUAAAUUUGAAAAACAAUUAUGUUUAUAAUGACACAGCUUCUUAGAAUUUUAUGACUUUUUGUACAACAUAUAGAAGCGUUUAUUAAUCAUUGUAGUUACCUCCCCCUCCGUAAUUUCCGGUAAAAAUAUAUGUAUUACACCUAUAUUGCCUAAAAGCAGUCAUUUUGACUACUUGGGAAAGCCGGAAUAGCCUGGUUUUAUAGGGCACUGGGCACAAGUCCAAGGGGGUCGUGGGUUCGAUCUUCGCCGGCCGAAGACUCCCCGUGUCGUAAAUGGUGACUGAUUUUUGCCCACGCGCCUCGUUCCGCUUGAACGCGCUACAACGUAAUAACCGUGAGCUGCACACGUGUCGACUUAGGAUAGGCCUGCUUUAUGCAGUGAUAGUCGUUCUGACACGUUGUUCAGUUGAUUUCUUUUGCGCCCUAAAUUCAUGAAAGAAAUGUCGAAUAGAAGAGAGUUAUUGGAAAAGCUAAAGAACAUAGGUGAAGAGUGUUCCGAUAUCGAAUCAGAUACAACAAAUUGGGAACUAUCAUCUGAAGAUGAAUCGGAUUAUAUUCAAAGUGAGACAUCUGAUGUUGAAGAUAGCGAUGAAGAGGCGAUCACUAACGAUGAAAAUGAAAGUGUCAUCAAUGUGUCCAGGAAAAGGUGUAGAGUGCUAAGUAGUUCAGACUCUGAUGAAGAAACUGAUAACACCUUUCAAGAGACCGAAACAGCUGCCGAUGGUACUGUGUGGUUAAAAUUUGACGAAGGUGGAAUUCCUGGAAGGUUACCAUCUACUUGUGUUUUCAAGGGUGUCAAAGGUCCAACAGGCUACGCAAAAAGGAACAUUAUGGCAGAUAAUCUUGUCAGUGCAUUCUCGUUGAUAAUAGAUAACUAUAUUAUCGAACAUAUAAAAAAUUGCACUGAAGAAGAAGGCCGCCGAAUUUUGGGGAACGAUUGGACAACAACAUUACCGGAAAUCCGUGCAUUUAUUGGGAUUUUAUAUGCUCGUGGAGCCUACGAGGCAAAAAAUUUAAAACUGAGUUAUUUAUGGCCAGCAAAGUGGGGUCCCGAAUUUUUUAGAAGAACUAUGACCAGAGAUAAGUUCAAGCAAAUCCUACGAUUUAUUCGUUUUGACAAAAAAAGCGAAAGAAGUAAACGUCUCCAAACAAAUAAAUUUGCCUUGGUUUCGGAAAUAUGGGACAAAUUCACUGAAAAUAGUCAAUCUUGCUAUCAACCAGGGCAAAAUAUAACAGUUGACGAGCAAUUAUUUCCGACAAAAGCCAGGUGCAAGAUUAUACAGUAUAUGCCUAAUAAACCCAAUAAAUUUGGCAUCAAAUUCUGGCUUGCAUCAGAUGUUAGUAGCAAGUACGUUUUGAAUGGUUUUCCUUACUUGGGGAAAGAUGAACAACGACCAUCGUCAAUGCUUCUCAGUGAGCACGUUGUUCUGAAACUUGUCGAGCCAUACACAAGCUGCGGAAGGAAUAUCACGACCGAUAACAUUUUCACUAGCAUGUCACUCGCGACGAAAUUAUUGGCCAAAAAAACAACACUUGUUGGAACUAUUAGAGGAAAUAAAAGAGAACUACCCAAAGCAGCCAAACAAACGAAGGAUAGCAUGCCUCGUUUUUCGACUCUCCUAUAUAAAUCACAAAAUUGUGUCCUUACAAUAUAUAAAAGCAAACCGAAUAAGAGAGUAGCUGUUCUAAGUUCCAGGCAUAAAUUUGUGAAAAUUGACAAAAGUAAUAAAAAAAUGUUACCGGACUCUAUUCAAUUUUAUAACAAAACAAAAUUUGGAGUUGAUAUGACGGAUCAAAUGGGCAGAAAAUAUACAGUAAAAUCUAGUUCUCGUAGAUGGACCCUCCAAAUAUUUUUCAAUAUUUUAGAUUUAGCUGCUAUAAAUGCUUGGAUCCUUAACAAGGAAGUGACAGGAAUACAAAUGCAACGAAAACAGUUCUUGUUUCAAUUAGCAGAACAGCUUUCCACCGAUUACAGAGCUACAAGACAGAAAAAUUCAUCAGAACAUGGAGACCCACAAAGAUCAACUGCAACAUCAUCAAAUACAACAUAUUCGAACAAACGCAAAAUUUGUCAAGUACGACUUUGCCACAAAAACAAAACAAAUAAUAUGUGUGAAAAAUGUCAAAAGUAUGUUUGCGGAUUUCCACUUUCAUUUGCUUAAAAUGUUCAAAUAAUGAAUAAAUUAUUUUUUUCCGAGUGAAGUAAG